GUGACCAAUGAGGCAGUAGAGUGUACCAAAGGAACUAAGCCCAGCUAACCCAAGCUAAGCUCUGUCUACGGCGCCUUAGUCAAGCUUAGUUAUAUGUUGUAAGCUAAGGUUAUAGCGUAUAGGGUUGUGAGGGUGACAAGAGGAGCAGCGGCACCCUCCUGGAUGGCUGCCUCAGACACUAUGAUUAAACUAAAGCUUCUCAGUCACCAGAAAAGCUAUAGGGAUGAGGAUCUUCUGGUGAACAUCAGAGACUUGGGUCCAGAUAUUAAGGAAGGCGAUGUUAUUGAAGUUUAUCACCUGGAAGAUGACCUGCCUCGGCUGCUUCUUCAGGUUCCCAAGACAAAUGAAGAUGUUACUGUACAGAAAGAUACUAUCAGUAUUGAACAGAGCAUUGCAUCCACCUUCCAGCUGCGGAAUUAUAAAGAUGUGAUCAUAAACAAAGUUGAGCCAAAGACUGUUGCGCUGGAGAUGGUUGAACUCACCUUUAAGGACCAGUAUCUUGGCCGCUCUGAUAUGUGGAGACUUAAAAUGAACUUGGUGGAUUCUGUUGUGUAUCUGAACAAGAAGAUAGAGUUUUGCUGUGGAAGCAUCCGCUGUCAGGUUUAUGAGAUGUGGGCCCAAGGAGGAAAGGUUGCGUGUGGAGUUAUAACAGACGAUACGAAGGUUGUUUAUCGGUCAUCAACAAGCAUGGUCUACCUCUUUAUCCAAAUGAGCUCCGAGAUGUGGGACUUUGAUAUGUAUGGGGAUCUAUAUUUUGAGAAGGCUGUGAAUGGAUUCCUUUCAGAGCUUUUUGCUAAAUGGAAGAAAGAAGGUAGCAACCACGAUGUGACCAUUGUCCUCUUCUCACGCACCUACUAUAAGGCCACCAAUAUUGAUGAGUUUCCUACUUACAUGAAGGAGUGUCUCCAGGAAGACUACAAAGGCAGAUUUUAUGAAGAUUUUUAUAGGGUUGCCGUGCAGAAUGAGCGUUAUGAUGACUGGUCACCAACGCUAACCCGUCUCCGUCGUAUGUUCAACAACUAUUUGCCAACUGUGUUAGACUACCACCGGAAUCAGGGGGCUGAUGUGCCAGAAGCAACAAAUUCCUGUGCCUCACAGGGAAAUUUUCUAGAGGUCCUCAAUAUUUCUCUUAAUGUAUUUGAGAAGCAUUAUCUGGAUCGAAGUUUUGACCGCACAGGUCAGGUUUCUGUGGUAAUAACUCCAGGUGUUGGAGUUUUUGAGGUGGAUCGCGAACUGACAAAUAUCACCAAGCAACGCAUCAUUGAUAAUGGUGUUGGGUCAGACUUGGUGUGUGUUGGUGAGCAGCCACUUCAUGCAGUUCCACUCCUAAAGUUCCAUAACAAGAAAGGCAGUAUAAAUGCUGAUGACUACAGCAUGCCCCACACAUGGAUCAACCUCAGCUUCUACUCUGCCAAGAAGAAAGUUGGCUAUGGCACGUUUGUUCCUCGGAUUAAACUUCCGCCUGAGAAGCCAAAGACUCUGAAGCGAGAGAGGUUUGAUGCCUUGGGCAAGCCAUGUAUGAAACCAGUUCAAGAAACAGCUUUACCAAAUUCCAUAUUUGAUUAUGAUGCUUAUGAUGCUCAGGUGUUCAAGUUACCAACAAAUCAAAACAAUAAGACUUACCGGAGCUUACAGAGAACAACUACAAGAAAGAAGAAUAACAUCCAGGCCUCCUCUGUCCAGCCUCUGACAAGAAUAACAUUCCAGAGGAAGCUCUCUGACCCUGAUCUCUACAACAGCGUUGAGCAGAUAUCCAGCUCAAUGGUUGCUCUUGGGAGCUCUGCAACCUCUGUGUUUGACAAGUCUCCGGCCAUUAACAUUCCUGCCCGCAUAACAGAAAAUAAGACUUAUUCGCACUCCUUUGGUGCUCUUAAUGUUGAAGGAGUUAACAAGCCAUGCACACAAACACUUUACGAGGGAGAAGAGAUGUCUCCACCACAUUCAGUAAAGAUUGGUUCAAGCAGCGGCACAUCUCCUAAUGAACAUCCCCAGUUACAGAAAAAUAGACAGACUGUCCACCGUCCGGGAAGAUCACUGAUAAACCCCUUUGACCCGUCACAUGUUACCAUCAAACUUACUUCCAAUCGUAGGAGAUGGAUCCACAUAUUUCCCAAAGAUCAGUCUGGUGUUCUAAUCCAGCAGCAUCACUAUCAUGAUUCUAGCAGCAGGGCUAAGGAAAAUGAAUUGUCGUCUUCUCUGAGCACCCCCGACAACGAAGUACAGCAUCCUCUGCACUCGUCGUCUACACCCACCAGGAGCCCUGCUGCUGGAGAUCUCGUCUCACUGCGUCCAAAAAUCAUCACAUCCCAGCUCAGCCAGGAGAGUAUUAAUGGUGGUCGUCGUGAUCCUCGUCCCUGGACAUCAUCAUCACUUGCCAGCUCAGUUGCAUCAGUUGACAUAUCAUUACGAGGCGUUGCGACACCUCAGAAGACAAGUGUGGGCAGUGGAGGACUGCGAACUGUAGCUGGAGGAACCAGCGGCAAGGUCAAGUGCCCUGCAACCUUACUCUGGGGCGCAACUGGAGAGCAGGAAUGGACAGCUGCUCUUACAACAGGUGUUGACUGGAAAAGUUUAACUCUGCCUGCAUGUCUGCCGAUUACUACCGACUACUUCCCCGAAGACCAAUCAUUGCACAACGACUAUGUGGUGGCCGAUUAUAACCUUCUGCCAGAUGACAUGGAAGAACCAGCCAAGCCAAGCAGUGGGAACAAACCACUAACAACGAAGAUGGUGUUUUUGGAGCUGGUGGCACAGAGGCUUUCUCAGGGCUUCCAGAUGAUCAUGCUACCAGCAAAGAGUCAGACGCAAGCAGUUGACAUCUAUGGCAGCAAUCCUCGGUACUCUGGUAUUGGGUCUCUCAUGCGGACAAGGAGUCACACAGACGAGUCAUCUCAAGAGUAUCGUCUUUCCAUCGGUAGAAUCUUUCAUAAAAUACUUUUAUACGGAUCAACAAUAACAGUUACUAUUUACAGACCGAGGCAUCCGUAUCCACAACUGAGACGGCAGUACAAGUAUAGAUUCCAAGCCCCCGACAUGAGCAGCUACGAGGUGUCAUGGGUUGAGUUUCGUACAGAGAGGCUAGAGACUUACAUGUGGAAUCAUUUGGAUAAUUAUAUUUGCUUUCGUGGAGAAUCACCAGAUUAUCCACUCAUUGAGUGUUGCCUCUGCCAUGGGUGCUCCUGCUGGACCGCUGCUUCAACUCUUAAGCCUUUAAAAUUCUGGCGUUUCCGUGUAUUGCUUGUCCCCGAUUGCUUCCGCACCUCCACUCGGACUAUCAUGGAGGCGGUAGCUGGCACACCCUGUGAUAUAUAUGACCAGCUAACUCUGGAAGAGCAACAGACAACCACUGAAGGCUUUCUACGAUUUUUUGAGAUGACAGUGCAUCGCCUCAAGAGACCUGUGAAUGCACGGAAGAGCCGGGUGAAUAUCCUACAAAAUAAGGCAGGUGGUGGUGGGAAGGUUGGUGGUGUGUACGGGAAUAUUGGCAGGCGCCACAGCCUAGGUCCGUUGAUAUCUUGUCUGCCCUCCACAACCUCCUCCACCUCCACCACUACCACCGCUACAUCUGCCACCACUGCUGCUGGACUCCCGUCAGGUGGAUGUGGUCAGAAUGUAGCAGCCUUCCGAGAACGCCUGGGAAGUAACAGAGUUAUGGAGCGACCCAGAACUCGCUCAGGGAGUAAGCCAUCAGAUCGCUCAAGAUUGGAAAGCGGGAGUCGUGAAAUACACCUUGAUAUGCCAGAGAUGAAGUCACUGAUUGAGCCAGAAGAGGAAAACAAAGAUGAAGGGGAAAUAAAAAAGGUAAGCAUAAAUUCAUCAUUGGCUGAAAUUGUGGAACUGAUGCGUGACCCGGUGAAAGGUGUGAGCCUGCUCAACCGACAGGCUGGUCUUCCUGCUCUUACCUUUGUUGCUGCCGAUGCUACUGCCUGGGUGUGCGAGCACGUGGAUGGAGCUACCACUGAGGUCGUUGCUGUUGACUUGUUACAGAAAAUGGUGAAGAGUGAACUAAUCUGCCAUGCAUCAGGGGAUCGUCAACACAAGUUUGUCCAUGGCUUCUUUCUGUACUUUAUUUUGACAGGAAAUAAAGAGCAAGACCAGGUGGGCUACGAUCUGUGCACGUACCGCUCAGAGUGGCACGAAGUGGAGGUGGAACCUCUCAGUACUAAGCCUGGGGGAGUUCCUACCACUCCACGAUCAACAUCACCACCCGUGUCUUGCCCCGCCUUCCUGCAGCCUCAACUACCUCUCUAUAUUCCUUGGAGAGGAUGCUUCAAAUUGUACAGAAUUGGGCAGUUGGACUUGGACUGCAAUAAUCGCAGUGAUCGGGUAGAGUGGGGACACAUGAAACACCACUCCCUCUUCAACCCUCUACAGUCUUUUGAAAUCAUUAUCCAAUGGAUGUGUGCUACAGGGACCAUCGUGACUGACCUGAUGAUGACAUGGCAGCGUAAAGCUCAAGCUUGUGGGCUCCAUCUUUUUCCCGUACCAAGUGAUCCAUUUGCACUUCCGUAUUCUUGCAACUCUGAUCCAUUACGCGGUCCUAUACUGAUUCCUCUUAAUGUGGCAUGUCUUAGUGUUUCUGGAGCUGAACCAUUUGCUCAGUUCACAUCCAGCACUUGGGGAAGGCGAAUGCAUCUUUUUCAGGAGGCCAUUCUAGAGAGGUUUGGUUUUGUGCCUUAUGUGACUGAAACUCACAGUAUGGAGCAGAAUCAGUACGUGCACGUGACAGGUAACAUGUUUGUCAUGGUUCAUUCACCGGGAACAGGGGUGCACUCCCAUACCCCAUACCCCCUGGAGACCUCCCGAGGUCGCACUCUCGCCAACCCUCUCACUUCAACAAGCUCCUCACAGGCUGACUUCCUCUAUGGCGUAUCCAGCCCUCAUGUGGAGUAUUUCCAUCGCUUGAUUGCAGACUUGUAUUCCCACGAGAUCAGCGAAAAACAGCCUGGGUUUCUCUGGUCUUUCAACCACAUGUUAACAAGACGUUGGAAAUAUUCAGCCACUGGGGACGAGGCCAUGGCUGAGAAGAUGCUCCAGGAUUUCCGUCUCUUCUGCGCAAAUAAUCAAAAUCGACUGAGAGACUUUUGGGACUCCCACCUUCCUCUUUUAUCGCCAGUUUCGCCUGCUGAUGAACUGAUUGCCGAGCCUUAGUUUAUUGGCACGUCUGUGCUCAUUUCUGCCUUUCCUCUUGUUAGUAUGGAAAUUGAUGUAGUUGCUCCUAAUUUAUAUAUUAUAUUUAGCUAUGAUAAGUAGUAAUCAUAUCACAAAAAUAUUGCACCACUGGAUUUUUUACUUGAAACUUCUAAAUGUUAUUCAUAUUUCAGGCAUUAAAUAUAGUGCUGUUGUUUUUUAAGAGAAAUAAUUGUAAAUUGUAUAAUAAUUUCAUGAUUGUAUUUUUGUGGUAUACCAGUGCUACUUACUCAUAUUAAGUGAUCACUGUGAUACAAUAUUAAGUGCAUAUACUUCAUGUGUGUGCAUACAUGUGUAAGUAAUGUAUAUAAAUUACAAUAUUUUGACCUGUGUACUUAAUGCUGCUAGUGCAACAGAUGUUGAGUCCGGUCAACAUGGCGAACACCUGUUCAAGUCAGCAGGCAUUUGUCAUUACUAAUUCACGUUAAUCUCGCUCUUAUUAUUAAUUCAGAGUAGGAUUGUCAUGAAAAUGUCAUACUUUUAUAUAAAGAAAUGUAUUAACUAUUAUAUGGUAUUGAGAAACAAAAAUUCAAAAGAA